GCGCCGCCCCUCUCCUGGAGUAUUUUUUUGUAGACAAUUUAGCAAUUGAGGCAUUUUAUUGUGUUAAUUUGUUAUUUCCUUCGCAAGAACGCGCGCCUGAAAACAUGGCAAGUCAUCAGACGCAAGGUAUCCAACAAUUAUUGGCUGCUGAAAAAAGGGCCGCUGAGAAAGUGGCCGAAGCCCGUAAACGCAAAGUAAAGAGGAUCAAACAAGCAAGAGAUGAGGCUCAAGCAGAAAUAGAGGUUUAUAGAGCUGAAAGAGAACGUCAGUUCCGGGAAUACGAGGCAAAGUAUAUGGGCUCGAAAGAAGAUAUCGCUGCGAAAAUCGACAAGGAGACCGAAGUCUUUCUCCAAAAUUUGGAGAAAAUGGUGAUUGAUAACAAGGAAAAGGUUAUCGAAGAAUUAAUCGAACUUGCAGUAGACGUUAAACCGGAAGUUCACCGAAAUUACUUCAUAAUGAAAAGCUUCAACAAAAUAUAGAUAUGGGUCUGCGACGCAAUUAGAUUCAAUUUAACUAGAAGUAGAAGAAUUUAGUAUAGAAAAGCUCUUGUUUUGUCUUUAUUAAUUAUAAUUGUACUAUAAUAAAACGUAAGACAGUAGUGUAUGUACAAAACAUCGGUAUCACUUAAAAUUGGUCAAAAAUAUUACAUAAAAAUUUUUUUCAUUAAAAGAUACAUAUGCUGAUCCACUUCGAAACUGUGCAAGUUGUUGGCAUCUCCUUGAAGUCGCAUCAGUAGACCUCCAAACGAUACGUAGGCAGCCCUGAAAAAGAUGAAAAGAUGUACCUAACAUAUAUUGUUGAUUGUAUUAAAAAUGUUUGUGUUAAGAGUUUUGUCAAUAUUAAACUCCCUUGACAAAAUAUUUGCGUGACGGUACCACAGGUAUGGUCAAUCAAGAUUUCACAUUCAUUUAUGAAUUUAGAGGAACCGUGUUUACAGACGCGUACGGUUACAAAUUCUGAAAAUACAAAAAUUUACUCUAACAUUCAAUAUGUUAUUUAUCUCGAACGAUAUAUUAGGCAUUUACGGGCAAUCUGAAGUUCAAUUUUAUUUUAUUAUUUAUAAUUUAUGUUAAAUGGUUUGCAAAAUAUUAACUUUAGUAACCCC